UAACGCUGAAAAUUUUGUCAUAAAGAAAUUGUAAUGCAGUCAAUAAAUAAAAUUGGCGCAAUUUAUACGCGAACUUAGUGACAAAUAGUGCUACGAAAUUCGCUUAUAAAUUUAUUUAAAAAAGAAGAAAAGAAAUGUUAACGCGGCGUGCAACACAAAAACAAAGUAAGCAAGCAAAACAGAACGAAAAACGCAACGCCAAGUAAAAUGAACAGUGGGAGCAAUAGCAUCAGCAACAAAAACAACAAACACAAGCAACAAGAACAAUAACAAUUACAACAAUAUUAAUAUGAACAAGAGCAAUGCAAAAUGUUAACGCAAUAAAAAAGAAAUCGAAACAAAUCCGGCAGCAGCCGCGCCGCUAACAGCAUCUGUUAAAUGCAACAUCGCGCGCGCUCGCUUGCUGCUUCUUCUUCUGUUUCUUUCACAACAAUAUAUUUACUACACAAUACAGCAACAACAAAAACAUAAACGCAUUUUCAAAAAUAAAACAAUGUGCGUGCGUAAAAGCUAGUAGUAUCAGAGGCGGCAGCAACAACAAGAACAGCAAAGGCAGGAACGUCAACCCAGAAAAAUAUCCACAAUUUUUUAAACCAAAUUACGACCGAUUUUUGUAAAUUCGGUCGAUUUGGUGAAUUUUUGGCGCCUACCACAAAAUGCACUCGAGCGUAUGCUGCGGUUCAAUCAACAACACAAAAAAUACCAUCAACAACAGCAACAACAACAACAAACACAACGAGCAAGUAGAACGCAGCAACGAAGCAAAACAACAAUAUAAGAAAUUACUGGGAAUAGUGAAGCAGCAAAAGCACAAACGGUCACAAGAAUUGACUGUUAAAAAAGAAGGAGUAGCUGCCAGAACCGGCAACCACAACCACAACGAUCUCAGAAGGAAAGUUGCAGCAACAAAGUUGAGAAGAAGGAGGACAGCAACACGGACUUUCAGAAGGCGCAAGUGUAAAGUAAUUAAUGCGCGAAGAAUAGCAUCAGCAGGAGCCACAAUAGCUACUACAGCAGCAGCAGAAAUAACAGCAGCAGCGGCAGCAGCAACGACAGCAAAAACAAUAACAAAGGAGUUGCAAUAUCCACCAACUCCCGCAACUUUAUGCAAAUCAUCAUCGUUUCGAAAACUUAAAGUACUACUCAAAAAAAAAUUGUGCGCGUUGUGUUUUCUUCUUCAUCAUCAUCUACGACUUUAUCAUCGUUGUGUUCUAUCUACUCCUCUACGCUAAUUUGAGAAGAAGAAAUGGAAUGAAAAGAAAGUGAUGUUGUGUUUGUUAAUAAAUAAACCAACUAAAUGAACCAAAAAUUUUUAAAAAAGUGUAUCGAGCAGCCUGUGCGUAAAACUUUUAGAUUGAUUGACAAAACAGAGAGCAAAGAAAACAUAUUCGACGACUUUACAUGACGAGCUCUGAGAAUUCAUAUUGCUAAAAAAUAAAACAUCAAAAGAUCACAACACAAAAACAAAACACACACACAUACAUAUUUUUUUAUCGUGUGCACACCGGCCAGUAGUCAUUUCUCCGAUAACUAUUUUCGUGAGUGGUUGCGAGCACGCAUUUGUUGUGCCCAGCACCCUUCUUCAACAAUAUAGACCAAGAAGAAGAAGACGAAGAAGACGGCGACGAAGAAGAUUUGCGACUGCUGAGAGGCAAGUAGCAAGAGCAAGAAUAGGAACAACGAUAACAGCAGCUACAUGAUGGCCGAUCAUUUGGACGAACCGCCACAGAAGCGGGUCAAAAUGGAUCCCACUACGGAUUUCCUUUUCCUGGAGGACAACCUGCCCGACGAACUUGUAUCGUCGAAUAGCGGUUGGACAGAUCAACUCAGCGGCACUACCGGUGGCGGUGCCGGUGCUGGUGGUGCUCCAGUUGUUGGAACGGGUGGCGGUAACGGUCCCGGAGUUGGCGGUCCCGUGGGUGGAACCGUUGUGACGGGCGCUCUUGGCGUAGUCGGUGGUGGACCAAAUAAACCGCCCGCCCAGGGUCCCGGUCCCGGAGUUGUGCCACAAGUGAAUGGCGCAGGUGGCGGUGGUGAUGAUGGCAGUGGAGGUAAUGCGGGUCCAGCUGGCAAUCAAUUGCGCCAGAUGCAGCAUCACCAACUGCAGCAAUUGCUACAACAGCAACAACAACAGCAGCAACAGGGCAACAAAAAUACAUCCGCUGGCGGUGGUGGCGGCAUGGUGGUACCUGGCAUGGGUGGCGCCGCAGCUGCCGCAAUGAACCAAUUGGGCAGCAAGUCACCAAAUCUGCAAUCACCAAACACAGGCGGCAUGCAGGUCCCACAAAUGAGCAUGGUUAAUUCCAUGCCUAUGUCCAUAUCGAAUAAUGGCAACAACGGCAUGAAUGCCAUACCAGGUAUGAACACCAUUGCACAGGGUAAUCUCGGCAACAUGGUGCUGACCAAUAGCGGCGGCAUGGGCAGCAUUGGUGGAGCCGCCGGAAUGGUGAAUACCUUGAAACAGCAAAUAGGCAGUGGCGGGGGUCCACCCAUAGCUGGUGGCGGAAACAUGAUGGCCGGUGGUGGUCCCGUUGGCGGCAUGGUUGCUGGCGGGGGUGCACCCAACCAGGGCAUGCAUAUGGGUGGUGCCGGUGGUCCAGGAAUUCAGAAUGGGCCCAUGAUGGGUCGCAUGGUUGGACAACAGCAUAUGUUACGGGGACCACAUAUAAUGGGCAAUGGUGGCGGCGGUGGUGCUGGCGGCGGUGUCGGUGGCAAUGGUCCCGGAGGCGUUGUCGGCGCUGGCGGUGGACCACGCAUGCAGAAUCCGAACAUGCAAAUGGGUCAACUUAAUAGCAUGGUGGCUGCUGGAGUACCCUACGGCGUGGGAAGCUAUGGUCCGGCCGGUGGUGGCAACAAUGCGGCACAGCAGCAGCUACUCGUCCAACAGAUGGCGCAGCGCGGUGGUGUCGUUCCACCUAACAUGAGUGCCGGUAUGCCACAGGGCAAUCGACCAGUGGGCACUGUGGUGCCAAUGUCGAAUUUAGGCGGCGGCAACGAUGGCGCACCACCUGGUUCAGGACUGGUGGGUGGACCACAACAGCAAUUGGGUGGCCCAAACUCACAAAUGAACCCCCAACAGCAACCGUCGCUUGGUGGUGUCGGUCUCGGUGGUCAGCCCAUGGGAGCUCGUGCACCACAGCCGGGCGGAGGCCCACAACAACAGCAAGGCAAUCAGCAGAUGUUGCUGCCCCAGCAACAGCAGCAACAACAGCCAGGAACAUCACAGCAGACAAGCGCGGUCCCAGGCGGUCCACCAGCACCGCCGCAACAGGCGGGCAUGUCCGAUGAUCGCAAAAAGCAAAUACAACAGCAAUUAAUGUUGCUGUUGCACGCGCACAAAUGCAAUCGCCGCGAAAACCAGAAUCCCAAUCGCGAAGUCUGCAAUGUGAAUUAUUGCAAGGCCAUGAAGACGGUGCUAGCGCAUAUGGCCACCUGCAAGCAGAGUAAAGACUGCACCAUGCAGCAUUGCACCUCAUCUCGUCAGAUAUUGCUGCACUACAAGACCUGCCAACGACCGGAUUGCAUAAUUUGUUUUCCAUUUCGUCCCAACAACAUAUUUCAGCCUGCGGGUGGAGGUGGCAAUGCGGGUGGCGCAGGUGCCGGUGGAGCUGGCAAUGGCGGUGCUAACGGCGGCGGCGGCAACAAUAACACUAAUGCGAGCGGCAAUAGCGUUCCCAACCAACCACCUCCGAUGAUACAACAGCUACAUCAGCAAACGGUGGCGCAUAUGCAACAACAGCAGCAACAAUCACAACAAGCGCUUCAGCAGCAGCAACAACAACAACCCGGAGGUGGUGUGGUGGAUAACAAACAGCAGCAACAGCAGCAGCAGGUGCCUGUUGGCGGUAGUGCUGGCGGAGUUGGUGGAGGCAAUGGAGCGCCGAAUACGGCAAUUGUAUUGCCCCAGCAGCUACAACAGAUGCCCGGAGGCGGUGGUGGUGGUGGUCCCAAUGUGGUGACCACAGGUCAGGCUGGCCAGCAACAACUGGGUAUGAAGAGUAAUGCGGACUUGAGCCAACAGCUUACGCAGCAGCAGGAUAUGCGCCGCUUUGACGGCGGUGGCAACAUGUUACCGCAGGUGGCAUCUGGUCAACAGGGACCAACGACCUUGCUGCCUAAUCAGGGCAUGCCGCAUGGCAUACGAAUGCAGGGAGCGCCUUCGGUGCGCGUGCUAGGCGUACCACAAGGCGGUGGGGCGGCAGGCGGUCCGCUUGCCGGUGGUGGUGGCAAUAACAUGUUGCUUAAUGCGGCCGGCGCCACCGGCAAUAACAAUGAUGUGGUAGUUGGUGGUAUGCAGCAGCCAAAUACUGUGGCGCAACAGCAACUUCUGCUACAGGGCUGUAAUGCUGGCGGUGGUGGUAACGCCAACCGUCGGCGACCCGCUAUCGCCAACAUGGUGGAUAACACCAAUGCCAUGCAGCAACAGCAAUCUAACACAAAUUCUCAGCAAGCGAACAUUCCACUAUCAGUCAAUGUGCACAAUUUUAAUAAUUCCAAUUUUGGCGGUGCAUCCGGUGGUGACAACAAACAGCAGCAACAACAGCAGCAGCAACAACAACAGCUGGUUAAUCAGUCGGAGCAGCUGGCCAAAAUGAAGCUUCAGGCGCAUGGCGGCAAUGUGGUGGCGCCCAAUGCUCUAACCACGGGCGCGCCCGGUAAUAAUGUAGUACCCGGCGGUGGUGGUGCUGGUGGCUCUAGCGUCCUUAUGCCAGCUGAUACCACAGGUGGGAAUGCAGCCACCGGGAAUGCGCAGAACAUCGGUGGCAAUUCUGGUGGCGGUGGUGCCAGUGGCAGUUCAGGCGGAACUGUCGGUGCAGGCGAUGAAAAGGACUGGCGUGAAUCUGUCACUGCAGAUCUUCGCAAUCAUUUAGUGCACAAACUGGUGCAGGCCAUUUUCCCCACCUCGGAUCCCACAACCAUGCAGGACAAGCGCAUGCACAAUCUCGUCUCAUACGCGGAGAAAGUCGAGAAAGACAUGUACGAAAUGGCCAAGUCACGUUCCGAGUAUUAUCAUUUGCUGGCCGAGAAGAUAUACAAGAUACAAAAGGAACUGGAGGAAAAACGGCUCAAACGCAAAGAACAGCAUCAGCAACAGCAACAGAUGCUCCAAAUGCAUCAGCAAGGGGCGGGUGGUGCUGCAAAUUCCAUGCCCAACAACAAUGGUGGUGGCAAUGUGACCGCCCAGCAGCAACAGCAACUGGUUGUGUGUGGUCUCUCGUCUGGGGGCGGUGGUGCAGGUACCGGCAUCAGACCUAUCAUCAGUCCCAUGGGAAAUGCGACGGCUAUGAUGCAACCACAAUUGCGAGCACAGGCACCCACUGGCAUGAUGGGUCAGCAACAGCCCAAUAUGGUGGUGACAAACAUGCGUAGUCACUCACCCGGUGGCAAUAUGUUAACCAUACAGCAGCAGCAGCAACAGCAGCGCAUGCAAUUUCCGCAGCAGCAGCAACAGCCCGGUCAGGGCAACAUGCUCGUUGGACCACCAGGACCCAGUCCCAACAACAAUGGCGGCGGCAGCAAUCUCAACAUGGUAGCCAAUCCUGUACUUUCCCCAUUCACGGCGCAGGCAAUUCAGGCGUCUGGUGGUUCUGGUGUGCUUACAAGUCCCGUACCGGGACAAUCGCAGCAGCAGCAGUUCCUUAAUGCCAAUGGCGGUGGCGGCGGUGGCUCACAGACAGUACAACAGCUUAAUGAGAUUAUAAUGAAGCAACGACUGCAGCAGCAACAACAACAACAGCAAGCCACUGGUGGCAUGUUAAUGCCACAAUCGCCCUUCAAUAAUGCCACACCCAUGCAAAAUGCCUUCACCUCGCCAAUGCAGCAGACGGCGGUGACGCAGCAACAACAGCAGCAGCAACAACAACAGCAGCAGCAGCAGCAACAACAGCAGCAGCAGCAGCAACAGAAGCCUCCCUCCGUUUUGAAUAAUAUGCCUCCCACGCCUACAAGCUUGGAUGCAUUGACUGGAGCGGGUGGCGGUGGUAGUACGAGUGGCACCAACUUAGUUGCCGCGCCCAGUCCCUCGCCCAGCUUCAUGUCCAAUGGACCGAUUGGCACACCCUCAAACAAUCCGCCCUCGGUGUCUUCAAUAAUGCAACCAAUGAGCAAUCGUGCGGCAACGCCGCCUUUCCUGCCAACAUCACCAGUACCAGCGACCAGUGCGACGGGUCUAACUGCAAGCACCACACCGGCAUCGGCAGCAGCCACAAGCUCGUGUGGUUCGAGCAGCAGCAACGGCUCCACAAGCACAACAGCAACAACAACUGUGGUGGCUUCCAAUACACCACUGAGUGCCUGCGCCUCCUCGUCCUCCUCAGUGGCAACACCUACGUCAGCAACCACUGGAACCACCGCCACUGCCUCGACAACGGGUCCGGCAUCUUCAACGCUAUUGCUUAUGGCACGAAACAACAACAGCAACAGUGAUGGCCAACGCAUGAUGAGUAGUUCUUCAUCCUGCCUGUCCUCACAAAUGGCAGCGCUGGAGGCAGCGGCACGCGACAAUGACGAUGAGACGCCUUCACCCGGUGGUGCCAACGAUACCAAUAGCAACAGUGGCAACGGCGGCGGCAUGGCCUCCAAGGGUAAACUGGAUUUCAUAAAGCAGGAAGAUGACAUCAAGAAGAAAUUUAUGGACGACAGCUGCGGCGGCACGGGCGAUAACUCACAAAUGGAAUGCUCCACAGCAGGUGUUGGCAAGAAUGUUAACAACGAUGGCACCAGUGUGGUCAAAACUGAAGACGGGGCCGAUUGCGAUGAAAAAAUCAAAAUUAAAACGGAGCCCAUGGAUGUCGAUGAGACGGCUGGCGGUACAGAUGGGAAGAAUGAUGUUAACGGUAGUGGCAUCGAUGGAGUGGCCACCGGCAGUGUUUCCGAUAUCAAAAUUAAAACAGAACUGAAGCCAGUGGUGCCUCAACCUAUAGCGCCUAAUGCGGGCGACAAAAAGAAGAAAUGCCAAUUUAAUCCAGAUGAGUUGCGCAGUGCUCUGAUGCCUACAUUGAAGAAACUCAUGGAUCAGCAGCCUGAAUCCGUGCCAUUCCUCGCGCCCGUAGAUCCGACGACAUUAGGCAUCCCCGACUAUUUUGAGAUUGUGAAGAAGCCCAUGGAUCUGAGCACAAUCAAAAAUAAUAUACUCAAUGGCAAGUAUAGUGAUCCAUGGGAGUACGUGGAUGAUGUCUGGCUAAUGUUUGACAAUGCCUGGCUUUAUAACCGUAAGACAUCCCGUGUCUAUCGCUACUGCUCCAAGUUGUCGGAGGUAUUUGAGGCUGAAAUUGAUCCUGUGAUGCAUGCUCUCGGCUAUUGCUGCGGUCGCAAGUACACCUUUAAUCCACAAGUGAUCUGCUGCUAUGGCAAACAGCUGUGCACAAUACCCCGCGAUGCCAAGUACUAUAGCUACCAGAACAGUCUAAAGGAAUACGGUGUCGCCUCAAAUAGAUACACGUUCUGCCAAAAGUGCUUUAACGAUAUUCAAGGAGAUACCGUCACGUUGGGCGAUGAUCCGCUGCAGUCACAAACCCAAAUAAAAAAGGACCAAUUUAAGGAGAUGAAAAACGAUCAUCUCGAGCUGGAACCCUUUGUCGAUUGUCAGGAGUGUGGACGGAAGCAGCAUCAGAUUUGUGUGCUCUGGUUGGAUUCAAUCUGGCCCGGUGGCUUUGUGUGCGAUAAUUGCCUUAAGAAGAAGAACAGUAAACGGAAGGAGAACAAGUUCAAUGCUAAACGAUUGCCAACAACCAAAUUGGGGGUUUACAUUGAGACGCGUGUGAAUAACUUCUUGAAAAAGAAGGAGGCCGAAGCGGGUGUGGUGCACAUUCGUGUGGUUUCCUCCUCCGACAAGUGCGUUGAGGUUAAGCCUGGCAUGCGACGUCGUUUUGUAGAAGGCGGUGAAAUGACGCAAGAGUUCCCAUACCGGGCCAAGGCCCUGUUCGCAUUCGAGGAAGUGGAUGGCAUCGAUGUAUGCUUCUUUGGUAUGCAUGUGCAAGAGUAUGGAUCCGAAUGUCCGGCGCCGAAUACGCGACGCGUCUACAUCGCCUAUCUAGAUUCCGUGCACUUCUUUCGGCCCCGCCAAUAUCGUACAGCCGUCUAUCAUGAGAUACUGCUGGGUUAUAUGGACUAUGUGAAGCAAUUGGGCUAUACCAUGGCACACAUCUGGGCCUGUCCACCCUCUGAGGGAGACGAUUAUAUAUUCCACUGCCAUCCGACUGAUCAAAAAAUACCCAAGCCGAAACGCUUGCAGGAAUGGUAUAAAAAGAUGCUGGACAAGGGCAUGAUCGAGCGCAUCAUACAAGACUACAAAGACAUACUCAAGCAGGCCUCAGAGGAUAGGCUGUCAUCGGCUGCUGAGCUGCCCUAUUUCGAGGGUGAUUUCUGGCCGAAUGUGCUCGAGGAGAGCAUCAAGGAGCUCGAUCAGGAGGAGGAGGAGAAGCGCAAGCAGGCCGAGGCGGCUGAGGCAGCUGCUGCUGCAAAUCUCUUUUCCAUUGAGGACAACGAGGUGAGCGGCGAUGGUAAAAAGAAGGGCCAAAAGAAAGCGAAAAAGUCCAACAAGUCAAAAGCCGCUCAGCGCAAGAAUAGCAAAAAGUCAAAUGAACAUCAAUCGGGCAAUGAUCUCUCGACCAAAAUCUAUGCAACCAUGGAGAAGCACAAGGAGGUCUUCUUUGUUAUUCGUCUGCAUUCAGCACAAUCGGCAGCCAGUCUGGCGCCGAUACAAGAUCCCGAUCCACUGCUCACCUGUGAUCUCAUGGAUGGUCGCGAUGCGUUCCUAACGCUGGCACGAGACAAGCACUACGAAUUUUCGUCGCUGCGUCGUGCUCAGUUCUCCACGCUCUCCAUGCUUUAUGAGCUGCACAAUCAAGGUCAGGACAAGUUUGUCUACACGUGCAACAACUGCAAGACUGCUGUGGAGACGCGAUACCACUGCACCGUUUGUGAGGACUUCGAUCUGUGCACGAUGUGCAAGGAGAAGGUCGGCCAUCAGCAUAAGAUGGAGAAGCUUGGCUUCGAUCUAGACGAUGGCUCUGCGCCUGCAGAUCCCAAACAGGCCAACCCGCAAGAGGCACGAAAGCAGUCCAUCCAGCGUUGUAUCCAAUCUUUGGUCCAUGCUUGCCAAUGUCGCGAUGCCAAUUGCCGACUCCCGUCGUGUCAGAAAAUGAAGCGCGUUGUCCAGCACACAAAGAAUUGCAAACGCAAGACAAACGGAGGUUGUCCCAUUUGCAAACAGCUCAUCGCCCUCUGCUGCUACCACGCCAAGCACUGUCAGGAGCAAAAGUGUCCGGUGCCGUUCUGUCCCAACAUCAAGCACAAGCUCAAACAGCAGCAGCUGCAACAAAAAUUGCAGCAACAACAAUUGCUGCGACGUCGUGUGGCGCUUAUGUCACGUACCGCUGCGCCCAGUUCCCUACCCGGACCGACAGUCACUGGUGGUCCGGCGGUGGUCGGCCCUGGAGGUGUUGGCGUGCCCGUUGUUGGUAUGCCAGGCGUAGCCGUCAGCCAACAGGUGAUGCCCGGCCAGGCGGCCAUAAUGCCACCGGGAGCCGGUGGUAUGAGUCCCUCCACAGUGACAGUGCCUUCGCCGGUAUCUGGUGGCGGCAUGGGCGGCAUGACCUCACCACAUCCUCACCAGCCAGGCAUGGGCAUGAAGCCCGGUGGUCAUUCGCCGUCGCCAAAUGUGCUGCAAGUUGUUAAGCAGGUGCAGGAGGAGGCGGCUCGCCAACAGGUGCCACAUGGUGGUGGCUUUGGCAAGGGUGGUCAGAUGGCGCCGCCUGUAAUGCAACGCCCACUGAAUGUGGUGUCCAAUCAGGGCCAGCUAGGUGGCAUGGUUGGCAAUGUGGUUGGUGGUGUCGGUGUGGGUGGUGUUGGCGUUGGAGGCGUCGGUGUGGGCGGCGUUAAUCAAUUAGGCGUGCCUGGUGGCAAUGCUGGAGGUGGCGGUGUCAUGGGUAACAAUCUGCUCGACCAGUGGAACAGUGGCGGCGGUGCACAACGGUAUCCUAACAACCAGCCAGGCAUGCGCCAACCCAACCAAGUGAUGCAGCAGAAUCCUAUGCAGCAGCAACAACAACAACAAAACAUGAUGGGCAUGGUGGGACCAAAUCCAAUGAGUGGUGGCAACAUGUCUGUGGUCGGUGCUGGCGGCAUGGGUGGUGGUGGUGGCGGAGGUGCGCCACACGUCAUGGGCAUGGGCGGUCAAAUAGGCGCCGCUGGUGUCCGUCCGCCCGGAGCUCAAGGUGUCGGAGGCACCGGCGCCGCUGGCAACAAUCCAAAUAUGACCAAUGGUCCACCCCUAAACACCCAACAGCUGGCACAGAUAAUGCAAAAGAUCAAAAAUAAUCCGACCAAUGAGAGCAAUCAGCACAUAUUAACCAUCCUGAAGCAGAAUCCCCAGAUAAUGGCGGCCAUCAUCAAACAACGGCAGCAAAGCCAAAACAAUGCCGGAGCUGGUGGCGGUGGUGGUGGUGCCGGUGGUCCGGGUGCGCUUCAAGCUGGCAACGGGCCCCAAACACCACAGCAGCAGCAGCAACAACAGCAACAGCAACAACAGCAGCAGCAACAACAGGUCAUGCAACAACAACAAAUGCAGCACAUGAUGAAUCAACAACAGCAACAAGCAGGACCCCAGCAGAUGGGUCAACAGCAAGUCAAUCUCAUGCAGCCACAGCAACAGCAACAACAACAGGGAUCCGGUUCGCACCAGCGCAUGCCCAAUAUCCAGGGCGGGACGGGAGCAAUGAUGCUACAGAAUCUACCCCCCGGUGUUACAAACCAAGGUGGCAUGGUACAAAACCAGAAUUGGUAUAAAAUGCGUAUGCCGAUGAACCAGUAUCCUCCGCCGUAUCCACAACGCCAGCGCGGACCGCCAAUGGGCGGUGGUGCGGGACAGCAACAAUUUCCGGGCGGUGCUUCUGGUAAUUUUAAUGCCGGUGGUGCCGGUGGUCCCGUUGGUAAUGCUGUUGGCGUUGGGGUCGGUGUUGGAGUUGGCCUUGUUCCCGCUGGUGGACCUGUACAGGAUCAGUACUCGAUGGGAAAUACAGCGGUGACUUCCAAUUUACUGCAGCAAGGCGGUGGCGUUGGUGUGGGGGUCAAGCCCAAUCCCCAACAGCAGCAGCAGCAACAGCAGCAACAACAAAUGGGCGUCAUGCCGCCGGGCAUGCAACAGCAGCAACAACAACAACAGCAGCAACCAUUGCAGCAGCAGCAACAACAAAUGAUGCAGGUGGUUGCAGGGGGCGGCGGUGGCCUAGGCGGCAUGCCCAAUGUCCAAAACGCCCAAAAUUCUGUCACGGGUGGUGGCAAUGGUGGCGGCGGUGGAGGUGGCGGUGGCUCCCAAGUCAUGGGUCCGCCGACGCCGCACACACUGCAACAACAAUUGAUGCAAUCAACACGCUCCUCCCCACCCAUACGCUCGCCUCAGCCCACGCCCUCACCUCGCUCUGCGCCCUCACCAAGAGCGGCGCCCUCCGCCUCGCCGCGCGCCCAACCAUCGCCACAUCACGUAAUGAGCCACUCACCGGCGCCGCAGGGACCACCACACGAUGGCAUGCAUAACCACGGCAUGCAUCAUCAAUCUCCGUUGCCGGGUGUCUCGCAGGAUGUGGGCGUGGGCGGUGUCGGCGGUGUUGGUGGUGUCGCCGGUGGUGCCCUGCCCGAUGCAUCCGAUCAGCUCACAAAAUUCGUGGAGCGGCUCUAGUGUAAUUAGCUGUCAAUGACAAACAACAGCAACCAGUUCGGAGAUAAGCAUAAAAAGGAGGUGGUGGAGGAGGAGGUGGAGGACGACGAGGAUGACGAGGACUAUCAUCAGGGACAUGCCCAAUCAUACAGUGGUGAUAGGCAUGCUGCCCAUUACUUUUAAAAGGUUAAAAGAAGUUUUUACUUUUUGUAGACUUUUGAUAAUGUUUCAAAACUUUGCCAGGGAAAUUGUGUGUUAAUCGUUACGUACUUUCUCUUAUCUAUAGAAUUAUUUAAACGAAACGAAAUCAACCUAUUCUGUAAACUAAGUUAAGUAAUUUGAUAAACAUGCACAUAUACAACAACAACAACAAUAACUUUUACACAUGCAUACAUACAUAUAUACCUACAUACAUAUGUAUAUGCAACUACAUACAUACAUAUGUAUUUAUAUAUAGAAAAUGUGUGUAUAAUCAGAUCUUAACAACAACAACAACACAAUACUCUCACAUGUCCUCUUGAUGUAUUACCAUACAUGCAGAUUUUUAUGCUUUAAAUACAGGAUUCUAAUUUAUAUAUAUAUACACACACACGCAGAAAUUAGUUAUUCGUUUUUAAUAAGAGAGUCCGGAUCUUCAUUGUAAAUAAAAUUGGUUUUUAAACAACAAACUAUACAGAUUUUAACAAUAUACGCCGAUCAAACGACUCUGUAACUUUAAACGUCAAACGUUACCCGCACCCCCUCCCCACAUCCUCUUUCUAUGUAUUCAAUAUUUUAAGAACCCUUUGCAAUUCCUGCCCCCUUUCAAAAACCUGUAUACAUAUCAUAUGUAUGUAGGUCCUUGGAUGGGAGCAGGAAUGUAUGUAUUACAUACAUGUAUAGCUGAAAUUUUUUUUAAUAAAACUUUAAUAAAAUUAUGUUUAACAUAUUUUCACAAUUUAAAUUGCUAAGUUGAU